AUGGAGGAUUUUGCCGCUGGUGGUGGGCCGCCGGAUUUGGCGCAGUUCCAGGCAACGAUGCUGGCAAUCGAGCGAGCGUGCAACGAAAAUCAGGUUUCUUUCUUUGCUUUCUCCUGAUUCCGCACUUUUAUUCGGGGGAUAGUCCUUCCUUUCCCUGUACGUUCAGGUUUUCGAUCGUUUUGAAGUUUCGAUGGAGUUGAUAGUUGUUGUGCUUGGGGCGACUAUCUUUUGUCCAGCACUGCGUCGUAGAGUUGGCUGAAAUACGCUGGGGUGAGUGUCACUGACUUGAGUGGGCAAGGUGAAAGGCUCGGACAGAGGGAUGAUGGUAAAGAGAGUGGAAUGCUAAGGUGAAGAGAAAGGAUAGAAAAGUCUUGUUUGUGACGAUUAGUACCAUGAAAUUUCUGUGAUUCCUCGUGGAUGAUAUGAGAACAGAAGAGAGACAGUUGAGGCGUGAGAGACUUAGCAAAUUGGAUGGUCUAUAGCCAAAUGGACGAAACAUAGUAGUAUUAAUAUGCGUCAUUUCAACAACAGAACUUGUAAGACCAGGAUAAACAUAAAUGACUGGAAUAUGAACGGGUGAGUUGUCAGCAUAUCUGUGUGAGAGCGGAAGGGGAUGCGUUAAAUAAUUGAUUAGUACAGACUUAUUCUUUGAGAAUUGGUUACGAACGGAGACGGAUUCAAAUCUACCUUUUAAAUGUUAUUUAUCAUUUCUUUGCCAAACCCGGGGAGUAGCACCUAGAAAAAUUGGCUAAUUUUAUAGUGGAUGUGUUAAAAAAGCAGGAUGUAACCGAAGCCAAUGCCCAAUAGGUAUCAGGUAAACAAUAAGAAGAGGGUGCUGUCCCACCCAGGGCUCGUUUGCACUGAGCCAGCAUUGAGAUGUGAAUCUGGUCCGUUCAUGGGAUCAAAACAGAGAUGGAGGGUUCUAACGACCCUUGGAAGUACGUCACACAUCAUAACAUCAUUCCACGUAAUCCAUUUAUGUCAUCAUCGUAGAAUUUCUUCAAAGUGUAUUUCAUUUGUCCCUCCCCCACUAGGUGUAAAGAACUAGGUCUGCCACCAGCAAAUCAUAAUAGAGUGGGAAGUUUCUUUGUGAAGUAAGAAGGCUCAGUUUGGCCCACUCAAACUGGGCAAAUCAGCACAAAGGUUGUGUGCGGGCACCCAGUGCUACAGCACAGCCUGUGGCCCCGGAAGGCAGAUCUAUAUGCUGUUGGUAACAUGUUGGUCCGAUUACUUCUUCAUCUGUUUCAGUCAACAACUCUAGGAGGUAGUCACGUAUGCGGAAAGAUCUAGGAAUAUGGUCCAUCAUAUAAUGGUAUAGGAUAUCCUUGUUAAAGUUGUUGUGACUUGCAACGGUAGUGUUUUCAUGUAAAGGAAGAUGUUCUUGUUAACUUGUUUGAUAGUCCAGAAACGUCUACAAUCUUAAGAAUGUGGGGAGGCUGUAGCUUUAAGGUGGAUCUUGACAGAAAUAUGUUCCAGUCAUUACUCAGUCUCUUUGUAAUCUUGUAAGGAUGAAACUAUGCUAUGUAGUGGAAAAAAAAACACAUCAAUUGUUAAGGCACAUCAAUCCUUCACUGAUGUGAAGGAUUGAGGUGAAGUGCUGCAUCGUGUUCUGGACUGUUUAUACUAGUUUCCUCAAUCUAGUAUGUGCUUCAAAGACAGCUGUUAAUCCAGGUCUCGUGGAGUGGGGAUGAGGAUUCCGCACAUAUAACGUCCACAUACUGCCCUUUUCUCUCUUGGCAAACACACUCAGAGAAUUGGACUGACUUGGAAUAUUGGACUAGCCAUGGUCCAUUCCUCUUUAAACAGAUUGGAAAUGCAGAGCAGCUAAAUAAAUGUAGAGGCUUCAAUAGGAGUCAAAGAGUUCGUUAUAGACUGUAGUGGACAUUUUUUUAAGGCAAUUUGGAUGGUUUUCAGGCUGCUAUUUGGAUCGUUUUUCUUAGGAUCUAACUUGGUCUCUCACCAGAUCCUUACAGACAUGAGAUCAAUAAAGAAACAAAUACCGGACUUUGUCAUGAAGCGGGCUACUGUCCCUGGAUUCAUUUCUGUGGCGGUUGUACUAUUUCGGUGGCACUGUAGAAUGUAUUGGAAUUUUUUGGGGAGCCUGCUUCAAUACAAGUGCUAAGUAGCAGGAUCAAUACAUCGAGUUCUGCACUGUUUUCUUAUACUUUAAUCUUAUUCUAAAAGUAGUAUUGCUUUUGAUCUCCAUCUUUUUACUGUGCUACUUGUACUCGCUUUUAUAUAUUUCCCUGCAACAUACUGUGGUAUUUAUAUUUUGCUUGUUUCUUUUCCUUUGAUUCAAUCAGAUGUGCAUGAAUUCAGCUGCAGCUGAGGCAACUAUUGUUUCUUUGCACCAAUCUCCAAAUCCCUAUCUGUGCUGUAGAUUCAUUCUCGGUAUGUUAGGCAGUGCACUCUUUAUUUUUUAUUUUUUUCUAUUUGUUUACUAUUUUUUUGAAUUCUCCAACCGUACAUGUUCUUACUGGACAAGAAGAUGUAUUUUUGUCUAUGUAGUAUGCAACUGAUGGGAUAAACUAUGGGGUUGGUUAACAUAUAAAAUUUGAUGACAAAUGUUGUAUAGGCCUUCAGUUGUUGCAACUUCGUCUAAGAUGGGUUUCUGAGAUUUUUGUGUAAAUGGUGGUGCUUGUAGGUUGAUUAGGGUCGCCUAUGUCACGCGUUCUUCUUUAAAUACUGAUAAUCGUUUUACAACAAAAUUGGAGCUUGAAUUUUUCUCGUUUUUCUAAAAAAAAUUCGCUUAACUAUAUCUGCAAGAUCAAAAACCUGGACCAACAUUAUAUUUUAAACAUUGAUCAAGUAUUAGAUUGUAAUAUUGGAUACAGUGAUUUGCGUUAUUGUCUGGUUUUUUUUUUUCUGUGAGGCUUGUUCUUUCAUCUCUCAAAUACUCUUGAGAAAUUUUUGCAUAUGAAUAUACGACAAAACUGUUUCCUAUUAAUAUUCUACUUCGUGAUCAUUAAAUUAUGCUAAUGGGUUAUUUGAAUGUUGGGUUGAUACAUGUAUUGAGUUCUUGAAAUAUGAGGUAGUAAUUAAAUAGCUGCUAUCUUGUCCAUGCAAGUAAGACUCUGGUUCUGCCUCUGCUUGGUCAUUGGUGUUACUGAUGAAAACAAUGUGGGAGCAGCAGGACUCUUUUCAUUAUGCUGUUCCUAGCAUGUCUAACUUAUAUCUUAAGGUAUAUGACCAUGAGGUGACCGUGGCAAUUAAUUCUAUUAGAUUAGUCUUAUUUAUGCGGAUAUUUCACAAUCUUUAGAUGUACUGCUGUGUCAUUUCCGAUUUGUAACUCAUUCUCAAAUACAGAUUUAUGUUUCUAAACUGAGUCACAACCUUUUCUAUAAAGGCGCAGUUGUUGUGAUCAACAUUUGUACCAUAAUCGAUGCUUGGAAGGUUUUUCCAUCAAAGUGGUUUCUGUUAUUGCAGAAAAUUCUCAGUUGGCAAAUGCAAGGUUUCAGGCUGCCGGAGCUAUUCGAGAUGCUGCUAUAAGGGAAUGGGGUACUCUGUCAGAUGAGGAUAAAAAAGGCCUGAUAUUGUAUGCUGUAACAUAGAACUUUUCUCUAUUUAUUACUAUGCAUACAUGAUUAUCAUUUGCGUUGCUUUUUGGUGUGUGAUUCGUUGUUGGAGUGCAUCCAAUCCUUCAUCACUUUGCUAAAAGAGAAGACAUCACGUCAAAAGUUUUGUUAAUUCUUUCUGGGCUGCAAUGAAUGUUUCUUCUUUGUACUGCAGUUUCUGCAUAUGUUUUGUAAUGAAGCAUGCUACCGCUACAGAUGGCUAUGUUCAAAAUAAGGUUUCUUCUGUUGCAGCACAGUUGAUGAAAAGAGGCUGGUGAGUUGUUCCGGGUCAUGUUCUGAUGACAAGAAUCUGAACACAUGCUAUAUGAUAUAAUUUUCUGUGAACAUGAUAAACCUAUUUGGUCUAGCUUUUUUUCAUAUUUUUGUAAUGUUGGCGGAUUCUUCAUUGCCUAGGAAUUUACAGAUAACUUUCUUGUAAGAGGCGCAGCUUGUUGUUAAAUUAUAAACAACUACAUAUUUUCAUAAUGACAUGAAGGAAAUUGAUGGAGGACGAUAAAGAUCGAUUCCUGACCUAGGCACGCUAUCCUCAAACUUUAAUUAUUGUAAAAAAAUCAAAGGGAUCUCUCUGUAACUCCCUCCUCAUUACUCUGCAUCAUUAACAGUCUUCUUCAGAUAUCACAUGCCUCCAACUUGGCUCCCAAAAAAUGAGUCCAUAAAGUUUAGAUAUCAGAGACGAUCUCCUCCAUUGAUGGUGCCCUUAGUGUCCAUCAUGUUCUAUAGCUGAACCUACAACCAUCUAUGUUCAUCAUCUUGAUCUGUUGGUCGUCUCCUAGCUUUUGUAUGAUCAUUACGCCGCUUAAGAAAAUAUUUGAAGGAACAAGACAUUGUAGGCGCACUAGGCAUUUAGGUGCCUUGGCAAGCAAUCAUAAAAUACGCUUGUCUCGUUCACUGUAAUGGUUUGGAGGGCUUAUUUGUCACCCUAACUUUCUUAUCGUGUUCCUUAUUCAGUAAAAAUAAACAUUAAUAUAUCAUUAUUACUUAUACAUUUAUAACGUCCUCAGUUGUCAAAAGUUUGAAAAAAGAGAAGGAUUACGGUGGCAAUUACUUCACUUUUGUGCUCAACAGUGUCAUAUGAUAAUGGCAUGUUUCUACCAAACCUUAGACCCAUUUUUUCCUUAUCUUGCACUCCUUACAGGCUUUGUGAAACCAGAACUGGAUGAGCACUAUGUCAUGUCUCCCCUUAAGUUGACAACCAGUCUCUAAAAUUUUCUGAAAUUUUUAUGGAUCUAUAGUAGAGUCAUAGGUUGCCAGUUUGGGAGGUGCAUGAAACCAUUACAUCUUCCACCUACUGAGCUGUGCUACUAACUUGCUCUUUUUGGGUUGGUGGAAGUUAGAGUUACAAUUCGCAUUACAAAGUUCAUAAAAUCUCAUUAGGUCGAGACAGAUUCCAGACAGCAGUCCCACUUCAUCAAUAAAAUGUAUAUUUUUUUCUCAUAAGAUUAAAUGGAAAUAAUGGUUCGCAUUUGUUCUUAUGCUCAUUGUUCUCCCUCUUUGUAGGCUAGAUUUUACCAAAUCCGAGAAAGAGUCAGUCUUUUCUGAGGUGCGAAUUUCCUGAAUAAUGUUUGUACUAUUUUUUUCUUAUUAUAUAUUGUUUUUCACGGAAAAAGUAUCAUAUUUAUAUAUAUUUUUUUGUGAUUCUCUUGUUGGAGAGUAGUCCUCUCCAUUAUACCUCUUUAGAGUGUAAUGUAGUGAAAAGGUAAUGCCAUUUUAGCUCGUACCUUGAUGCAAACAUUUGUUAUUGAGUAGAAUCACCUUAUUUGUUGACUCUGAUUCUUUUUUCAAAACUAUAGUUGCCAUAUGCCUUCUUCAAGCAGGGAUUGUGGCUGAUGAAUUUAAAACCUAUGUCGUGGGUAAUGAUGAACUUUGCCAGCACUCACCAUUUGUUGCGCUAAGUAUCAAAAAUACCCUUGCAUAUCAGUCAAGGAUUGUCAAUAUUGAGUUUCAGAUUUAGUUUAUAUUACAUUUCCUUCACCUACUUGCCAGUGUACUCUCUGAUCAGUAUGUGUUAAAACAAGAGAAAUAGAGCCAUGACCCUAUAAAGAGAAUAGUGGGUAGUGCACUAUUAGGCCUAAUAUAGGUCUAUAUCUAACUGGCUCAAUUACACAAUGACAAAUGCCAAUGUUGGCUUAUUAGAUCAAAUGUUAUACUGGAUUCACUAACACUCUCCCCCUAGUUAAAACAGUCCUGUCGAUUUUGUUGAAGGCACACUUGACUAGGGAGAAUAGUAAAUAAAACAAGCCAUAGACGAUGUUGGAGCUUAUGCCAGAGCAAGGUAUGUUGACGUAGUUGAUGCCAGGGUUGAAACCACUACAGUAGAGACUGAUGCCAGUGUAAAAGAGUUCGAAGUUGAAGUUGAAAUAAUGGAUGACAGGUUUUGAACUCAGAGCUUAACUUAGAACAGUAGAUGCUGGGGCCUGAAGUCGAGCGAUACAUGCUAUUAUUGAAGUUGGAGCAGUCAGCAUCAAAGAUUAAGUGCAGUAGAUUGACUCUAGAAGUAAAGUUUCUAGAGAUGAAGCAAGAGUUGAAUGUAGAGUGGUCAACACCCUGCUCCAAAUCGGAGUAGAAGAUCUGAGCCAGCUGUAUUAGCUGCACCGUCAACUGUAUGCAGAUGGACGGCUGGGAGAAGUCUGGUCGAAGAGUUUCUAGUCAGGGUGCAUGAUUCCACCAACGACAAGGGCCAAGAUGGGGACCACCUGCUUGAGUAGAGGAUGUGAAGGCCCAACUUGAAUGAUGGUUCCAGGUGAUAACUAGAUGUCUGUCGGAUUUCUCCUUUUUUGAGGGAGAAGACUCUCAAUGAGAGAGACGAUGUUUGGCUGUAUUGGAGGGGUGGUGGUUGGCAGCAACCUGCAAUGCAUGGUGCCUCACAAUGGCACACAUCACCCAAUCACCAAUGACCAUUUGCAGCUCGCAGUGGGUCACCUUGUUCAGUGACUCACAACAGCUACACAACGAGGUGGCUUUCAAUAAUGAGCGAGUGAAAAACAAAAGCGUAGAAAGGUAGGGUGAUCAGGGUAAUGGUUCACUUGGUGAUGGGUGGAAUUGUGAUUUAGCCUCUUCAGCAAUUGUUCAGGGAAUAAGAAUGUUAUGACUAACAAAGAUGAUCAGUUGGCAUAUUAAAUUCUGUAGAGAACAAACCAAAAAUUUCUCAUUUGGGCAGAGAGGAUUAUAGAAUCAGUCUAUCUUCAGAAAACCGGAUAUAAUUGCAGCCAGAAGUCUUGGUAGAUAUGUGGUGGCGAAGAAGAUGGGCUUCUUGAGGUUGCAAUUUCUGACGUAGUCCCAGUUAUUCAUGACCAGGUCAACAGCCUGUACCCAGGAGUUUACGUUUAGCUUCUGUAGGGGCAGUGGUGAAUUUUGAAGGGUGGGUAGCUGCAGUGUCCAGGCUUGGGGGAGAGAUGAGAUGUUCUUAUUGGGCCCAGACAUACAGACUUGGACUUACACAGGCCCAAUAAGUUGAAAAACUUCAUUCAAAUAAUAAGAAUGCCAUCUUGGAUAUGUCAUUGAUUUCCUCCAUUGUGGGCGCCUUCCCAAUAUUUCGUCAUUUGUUGACCAACAGCUAAGCUAACUAGAUCCUUUCUUAUGGCAAAAGAGAAAAUAUAUUUUGAGCGGUUGGGCCAUCUUCACAGUUAGAUGCCAGAUUGUUUGGUAUAGAGGGUCGGUAUUUCUUUACUUUAUUAUUUCUGCUCUUUUUAUACUUGAUGCGUAAUUUUUACCAUCCAUUUUACAAUGCAAAUAAAUGGGAAAACACAUUGCUGAUUUAUCUUGUUAUCUAAUCGCCCACUGGUUAAAAAGAAACUAUAUCCUUUUCAAUUAAAAAAAAUAUCUAUUGGUUUGAAGAGAAUUAAUGAAUGUAACUUAGUCGUUCACGAAUGAGAUUUGUUCAUUGUUUCUUUGGAUCUUGCAUGUUCCUUGUAUCUAUUAAUUUCCUGAAAUAAUUUCCCCAAUCUCUUCGAAUGAACUUUGGUUGAUAUUCUCAUUGUAGGUUAAGAAUGCAAUUAUUGGCAUGCAUGGAGCAAAUGCACAGUUUGCUGGAAUCAAUUUCUUGGAAUCUGUGGUAUAAAUUUGCUUCAAUACUUUGUUUUGCAUCAUCGUUAUGUUGUAUUGUUCUUGCUGUCGAGAUUGAUAAUUUAUGUUCUGACAGGUAACUGAGUUCUCACCAUCAACCUCUUCGGCCAUGGGUCUUCCUGCAGAGUUUCAUGAGAAGUGCGGGUCUUCAUUUGAGCAAGAUUAUUUACAGGUUUUUUACGCAGGACACAUGUUUGAUAAUUUCUCUAUAACUGUUCAACAUGCACGACUAAACUAUUAGUGCUUACAGGGUUUGUCCUUUGCACACUGUUGUCUGCUGAUUUCUUAUGCAGAAGUUUUAUUGCUGGGCGCAAGAUGCUGCUCUUGGUGUCACCAAUAGAAUAGUAGAGUGCAGGGAAACAUUAGCAGAAGAUAGAGUUUGUUCAGCGGCAUUGUGCCUCAUGUUUCAGAUUUUAAAUUGGGAUUUCAAAUGCGCUGGUGAUCCAUUGGAUACAUCAAACAACAGGAUAAACCAUGAGAUUGCAAUGCUAAGGAAGUUUGAGUUUGUACUGGUACAGGUAACAUUGAUGGGCCAUUGACUAUUGAUUUUGGGUAACAUUGCAAUGCUGUGAUUUUGGGUUCCUGUGUGGACUUUUUUUUAAUUGAAGUGCUGCCGAUUGUUUGAUUUACUUGACACUCAUUUUUUAUCGAAGUGCUGCCAAUUAGUUCCAUUUAUAAAGAUGAUUCUUCGUGUCAGCUCAUUUUAGAGUCAAGAACUGAAAAUCGCCGAAAAGCAACUGUGAUCAUGCUUUUGGUGAUUUUCCUAUGAUCAAAUAACAAGCUGGUCGGUUCUUUGUAUGCUAAUACAACUUUUCAAGCCAGCGCAUGGCUGAUAACCACAUUUUUUUAAUCACUGAUUGGCUUUCAUUUCGUUUCUGCCUUUUCAGCCUGGGCGUUUGUGGCACGACGUUCUGAUUUCAAGUGGUCAUAUUACUUGGCUUUUGGGCUUAUAUGACACAAUGAGGGCGAAGUGUUCUGUUGAUGUCAUAUGGUUCGAUUCACCUCUUGCAGUUUCUGCCCGACAGCUUAUAGUGCAGUUAUGCUCCCUAACAGGGGCUAUAUUUUCUUCUGGUAGAUUCUUCUCCGAUUCUGCCUUAUUUCCUUUGGUCACUUGAUCAUUUUUUUUUUGUGAUAUAUGCUUCCCAUUUAAACUUGAAUAUGAUGAAAUCAUCAAGAACGGUGUUUUAAGGCAGUCCUCUACCCUCCUUUUUGUGGGGCUUAUUCGAAAGGCCUUUGAAGAGAGGAUGACAGAGAUAGGGAUGCACCUUUGUUACUUCAUGGGUAAUUCAAUGUCCCAAUGUUUUUUUUUGGCGCUUCCAGUGGAUGAAGCGUUCUUGGCAAUGGAGUCCUGAAGGUGUGGAGUAUUAUUCCCAGUUGCAUGGAAGGCCAACGCAUAACAUGGAAACUCGAUAAAAAAAUCAGGAACAAACUCUUCCGCUGAUCUAUGGUGAAAGGAGAUGAUUCUAUGUUUAAAUGCGAUCUUCAGAUGCAGAAAAGAGACAGACUGAAGACAACUUACAUUGGAAGGCAUGUAACUAACACAUUUUUGGGAAAGGGAGUCGAUAGUAGGAGGAACAUUUUACUAAGACAGCUGCACGCUGAAUUUUGCAGUUUAGGCACUAUGUAAUGUGCAUAUCACGGUGAUUGAUUAUUCAGUUUUAGAUAAUAGUGGACCAAAUGCAAAAGCUUGGAUUUUUGAAAUGAACUUUGAUAAUCCCUGUAAAACAACACGUAGAACUGAGAUACUUGAGAACAUAGGGAAGAAAGUUGAAAGAAAGUACACAAACCAAUGUUCUAAAGCCUUUCAGUCUUGUACUGUGAUUUUGUUCGGAAAACGUUCUGAAAACAAGCAAAAUGUGUCGCGAUUCUCUUUCCAUCACCGAAAAUCAUAUCUCAUCCCAUCUAGCACUCAUUUUGUGACCAUAUACCUUGGGUUUAAAUUAAUAUUCUGACUCUAAUUCUAGUCGGUUGUUUAAUUACUGAGAAAGUUGCUUGUCCAAUCAACCAGGACCUUUGUUUCUAACAAAUGGAAUGGAUUCAAGAUAAAAUCCAUCAGCUUUUGUUUGUUCUGCCCGGAUUUCAAGUUAUGAUGUCAAAAGGGCUGUUUUAGACUGCAAUCAAACAUUUUAUGGCACAUUACCUCUUGGGGAUGCCUUACAUUGAAGACAAUGAAUGGUACCUGCAGGAAGAGGAAAUGAUACAUCGACAAUAUAUGUUACAUGGCUCAUAUAAGGGACACAUAUGGUCCUGCAAAUCGAGAAAGAAGUAAAAUCCUGGUGGGUCAACAAGGUGUUUCUAAUAGAAGAGGCUCAUCAUCCCAUGUUGCAAGAAAAAUCUGCUACAUGGAUGCCAUUGGUCCCUGAAGAGAAUUCACCGCCUGAUGUCCCCUUUGUACAGCUGGACAGUGUAAGGAAAUCAGUGGAGGAAGAAUCAGGCAUAGGAAAAAGACAUUGCUUGGAGAAGGCCCUGUUGCGCAUUACCUUCCUCUGGGGCAGAAACCUAUAUUGACAAACCAAAGAGAAGUUGACUUUAUGCCCAAGGACCAAGUAAACGAUGCCCCUUUCAAGUAAAGUGGCUGGAUGGCCAUUUGUUGUCAGUCACUAUGGUGAUUAAUCCAAAACCUACCACUUGGGCUUUACACUUUAGACUUAGAAAUGGGCUUAAUUCAAUAAAUUUGUUUACUGGUCUUCAUCUCCUGAAUUUUAAAAAGGCUCGUCUCUGAAGCACAUAUAGCAAACUCCAUCCAAUGAAUUAUUUAAGGUUUUUGAUUGAUAAUCAAUUUUUUUUCAUGUUUUGUUAUGAAGUAAAAUUUGUAUACAUGCUAUCAUUCUAUGGCAGCUAAUUUAGGGUGUUCUCUCAUCAGAAAGAUUUUAUUAGCUUUUAUUCUCUGCGGUUGGGAUGGUCCUACUUUGAACAAACCCAAAUGCCCAAUCUACUAGGGGAACCAAUAACAACGUAAAUACUAUCUCAAUUCUGUUGGAAAUACAAGAUAACUAGUUCAUUUUUCUUUCAAAACAUGCGAAAAAGUCAUGUUACAACAACAUUUUAACAUUCAUGUGUGUGGAACGGAUUAAUAUUUUUGUGACCUAACUGGAACUCCUUUUUUAUGCCAAUACCCAUUCCUUUUCCCUGAUGCGGUACUGACAGGAUGAAGCUGACUGGAAGAUGAUUAGUGUGGUUGCCAUAAAUUCUGAUAACCGUCAAACUCUAGAGAAGCACUUUUGUUGGGCAUUGCAUUUUUUCUUGAUAGUUUGCCUGCCACAGAUGUGAUUUCAGUAUGUCUUUUCUUGUCACAAAUGUGUUUUUUCAUUCCUUUUACUGAGGGUGACGUAGAUUCAGAUAAUGGCCAAACGCAAGAGAAACAUCUGCUACAAAUACUGUCCGCAGUGCUUAAAUGGAUGGACCCACCAGCUGCUGUUAUAGCUGCUGUUAGGAGCGGACGACCUGAUAGGUUCUUUGAUUUUUCUUCUUCUACCUCAUCACAGUGCCAACAUUUUUCUUUUCCUGAAGUUUCACUAUAUUUUGCAGUGAGAUACUUGAUGGUUGCCAUGCAUUCCUUUCUAUGGCAACCUUGACAAGUACUUUAUUGUUUGACAAUCUCCUGAGGCCCAUCAGGUGAGUCAUAGUUGUUCCUCAAACACCCAUGGACGCAUGCAAAUCAGAAUGAAUUGUGAUUUAAACAUGUAUAUUUUUAGAUUUCCGGAAUGUUUUUGUAGUUUAUUUUGUUGGAAUCAUAUAUGCAAGUAACUGUCAAUUAUUUAAAUUUAUUUUAAUUUUCAGGUCUUACGGGACUCUUCAAUUCCUGUCUGCUUUGACAUGUGAAAUAAUACAAGCCCAUGGAGUUGGCAAUAAUGAAGAAGAUACCUGGUGUUCAGAUGCCUUAGAUAUCUUGCUUGAGACAUGGAACGUCCUUCUGAGGGUACUUUCUGAAACCCGGUGUUCAUUUUUAUGUCUUUUCUGCUGGGUUUCACAUAGUCAGAGUUAAAUGGGAGAAUUCUUUCGUAUUUCCUUGAUAUUAUAUUAAGAUGAUAAAUUCUCGUAUCCCUAGAGCUUUAUGUCUAGACUGUAGGAUAUUGGCAGUUCAAUAUGAGAGGGCAUGUACAACCCUCUUUUUUUAAUAAAAGGGCCCUCUUCUUUUUUAUUUUUUCCCUUUUUUAGUCUGAAUUACUAAAUCCUUCUCGGAAUUUUUGUCAUUUGAAAAUAAGUUUUGAAGUUGUCAGCAUAUUUCCCCCUUUUUCAAUCUUGUGUGGCUGGAUUUUUUGUCUAUGCUGAUUUUUGGAUUGUAUCGGUUGCUCUCUACUGUGGAACUCAGGUCUGGCUUUCCAUAUUUCAUUUUUUUACUACCUCUGCCAUUCAAGCUUGAAUCCAUUACUUGGAUUCAUCUAGACAUCUUUCUAACCGCACAUGAUAUUUUCACAUGAGAACCAGUUUCUAUUUGUCUAAAUAAAGGGAAACGAACAUUUCUAACUGUCUCUUUCUGUUUGACAUUCCCGAAUUUUCGCAUUUGAAAAAUUUCUUUAGCAUAUUGUUGUUGACUUCCUUUCUUUUGUGACACUCACCAGACAACCGAUAAUACCCUGAGAGUGCAAGCCAAAGCUAAAUUCGGAAUCUAUGGAGGAUAGCUCAAGGCUAGAAGAAGGGAAACUGAAAGAGCAUCAUCUGAAUGUAUUUGAUGUGUGAAAACCGAAAAACAAAUUUUAAAGGAUUAUUUCUUAAAGAUGAUUAAGUUGGGGAGACAGGGGUCCCUGGAACUCGUCAUUGACGCCACCCCUAUUGUGGAUACUGUUCUUAUCUUAUUAGCUUAAAUGAUAAUGUAGAGGAGAAGGGUCCAAACAUGCCAAGAAGGUUUCGUAGUUGAUUGAAAUGCAUCCAUCAAAUCAUGAUGUACAUGCACAUCACACUAAACAUGUUUGAGCUAUGGAAUGGUACUCCACUUGCAGCUUCAUUAUUGCUGGUCGGUACAAUUCUGAAUAUUUACUUUUUUAUAGCUAUGACACAACAUUUCAUCUGCUCCCGGAAAUUCAACUCUGCAUUAUAUUUAUUAGUGAUAAAUCCUCCUGUCAUAGACUGUCACAGUCUACCAAACACUAGCUGGUACCACAGCAUAUAACAUUCUUAUUGUUUUUUUAGUUUGUUAUGGUUUCUUUCGUCAAAUAAUGUUAAUAUUGUUUAUGCAGCGAACUGAUAUUGAGAAAAAUGUACUUUCAAGGGAAGGAAGUGAAGCCAUCGUUAUAUUAUUUAAUACAAUAGUGGAAUCGCAUCUAAAGGGUAAUUUACAUACCUUGUGAAAACAAACCAAGAAGCUGGUCUUUUUUUGGAAAAGAGCUCCUCUGAUUGCUAGCUUUCCCCCCUUGACAUGGCAUCAUGCACCAGGUUGCUUAUGAAACUUUGGGUAUUUUGUAGCCGCUGUCAAUUCAGCUUUUGAUGAGCUCGCUGAUUCGGAACACUUUCAUGCUUCCAUCGCCGGUAGAAAACUUUUGAUUCAUAGCUUCUAUACGCUUUAGUAUUUGUCGGCCAAAGUUUCAUCACUGAAUUGUUUAUUCCGACCAUUCGUCUGCUAAUGGGGUCUUGUCUACCUUGGCGUUUUGUAGUAAGAGAUGAAAGACUCGCUUCAUAUGCUCUCAUUGCGAGGAAAGUGGCCAGUGUGACUAUUCCCUUCCUUAUUAGACUUUUCUCUGAACGAUUUUCUACGCUAUGUCAGGUGUGUUUCUACCUUGAGAGUGGACACAUUCCAUUGUGUUCAGAAUUUCUGAUUUUAUUCUUCCAAUUGUUCAUGUAUAUAUAGGUAUGCUUUCACUUGGAGAUUGCCAAAAAAAUACAUGUAGACAGUCCAACUUGGUUUUUGUAAAUGUUGUUUUGCUGUUUGCUUAAUUUGGGUUUUUUUCGUUGAUUUAAAUAUUAAAUGGGAUAUUUUAAAUUAGCAACAUUUAGAUCGACCACCUUUGUGACGUUAGUUGAUGUUAAAUACAUCUUUGUGAAGAGGUAAUACCCUGCAUUAAUUGCAGGCAUAUCAUAUUCUGAACAAUCAAGAUUUUAUUGAUAUCGUAUUAUCUUUAUUUCUUUGUUAACAAUGAUUAAAAAAACAUGAAAAACUCCAAAUAUUGAGCUUACCCAAUGGGUGUUGAUCCAAAUAUUGAUAUCAUUGCACCUCCUGUGUUCGUUGUGUGGUUCGAUCCUUGAUCUACAGCUUGUUUUCUCUAUGUAUAAUCCUGACGACAUCAAUGGAAUGCUCUGUUUUGGAUUUAAUGUUGGAUAAUUCAUAAUCUUGUCCAUGAUUAGCACAUCUUCCUCGUAUCUAACUCUAUUGAAGAACCUUUAUUCCUUUUCUUUUACUCGUCCCAUUUUAUUGUCUCUGUUUGAAUUUUGUUCCCACCUUAGUAGUCAUUGCUGAAAUCCCUUAAUUGUCUAUGGCUGCAAGUACACUCAUAAGAAGAAUGCAUAUAGCACUCGAUUUAUUCUUAGUUUGUUGAACUUCGUGUCACCAUUUUAUUUUUUUGAGUUUCACUACGACUACCUGCACUCUAUGACAGCUGAAUAUAUGUGAGGUAUGCAUAAGUGGUGCAAUCUGGUUAUAUUUUCCUUCUGUCAACAAUAUUUUCAGAGUUCUUUUCAAGUUUUUAACAAAUGGGGUACAGGGAAAGGGUGUCACUGAUCCAACUUGCAUAUUGGAAGAGCUUUAUUGGCUGCUGUUGAUCUCAGGGCAUAUACUCACAGAUUCUUGGGAGGGCGAAACUAUGAUGGUAACUUUUUGGCAUCUGUUUCUUGAUAAUCACCUUUUUGGCAUUCCCUUUUUAAUAUUGAUGAACUCGGGAAUUAUUUUUGAUAUUUAACUUUAUGCAAUUUCAUCUUUUCUGCUGUUUCUAGCAGCACUUCUUUCUAGCUUCUCUCAGUUAAUUUGUCAUCUGGCUUGCUAACGAUGAAAGAUCUUGAUUUUUAGUAUUCGUGAAAGGAGACCAGUACGCGUAAGUUUGUAUUUAUGAACGGACAGAUGUGCAUAGUAUGUAAUUUUAUUAAUUCAAAAAGGUUGGACGUGAACGCCUCCUUUCUGUGCUGCAUUAGUGCUUUAAUGAACUACCAGUUUUUGGUGUUUUUGAAACUAAUAGAUUUUUAUGAUGUAAAAAAACAUUGUCCGAAACAUUUAGUUAUCUUAAUAGCCAAUUAAUGUGCCACAUCCUUACGAAUGGAUCUUCUUAUUUUUCUGAAAAAAAAGUUUCGUGUGUACCCGAAUUUGUAGAGAAUUUUCAUGUUCGAAAUUGGUUCAUGAAGAAGUUUGAUCAUGAUGCAAGAGUUUUGACUUGGUGAUUGUUCGUAUUCAGGUUCCUGAUGAGUUGCAAACUUCCUUUGUUGAUAUUGAUGAUGUAGCCCAACAUCCGGUUGUGGUGUUGUCUUGGUAAGAUUAUUCCCCAUGUAACGAAUGCCUUGCAGAGACUCUAAUUAUCAACUUUUUUUCUGAUAGAUAUUACUUAAAUGAAUAACCUGUCCUUUAAAAAUGCCAGUAUUUGGGUGUAAUACUAGCAAAGAAACGAGAAAAAUAGAGAGUACUAUCUAGAUAAUCAACAUAUCUGACAUCAACUUAGGCUUUUUAUUCUUGAGGUGACAACAACAUAGGCCAUUUGGAAUUAGCCUAACAACAGUAUUCUUGUGCAUGUAAAUUGUUUUGUUGAUAGUGUCUUGUUUUUUUGCUUCUAUUAUGGUGCAAGUGUGGAAGAUAUCACUAUGCAGUUGUCAAAAGAUUCAACCAUUUGGAACGUAUCGGAUAAUGAACCUACUCGAAUCAUUGAUCUUGUAUACCAUUGAUCUUGUUUUUGGUUCAUUAAUUUUUUUUACCUAACGAUAUGAGUACUAUAAAAAAGUUAUACUGGAUUUCUGGUCGUUUAUUAUCCUCUCGAAUCAAGUCAUCUAUGAAAUCAUUUCGUUUCCCGUUAAAUGUUAAAUGUAGGUGGGGUGUGCUAACUUGUAUUAAGAGCUUGGAAAGUCAAGUAGUCCUUGUCAUCAACUUGGUAGAUUUGCUUUUUUUUUUCUAAUACUAAUUAGUAUUAUAUGAUUUAUUCAGGUCAGUCAUUAAAUUUGCUGAACAGAGUUUGGAUCCUGAUAUGAGAACCAAUUUUUUUAGUCCUCGACUGAUGGAGGUAACUCAUUGAAAUAAUGAAUUCUGCUUUCAAUGCUGCUUCUAUUCUUCUGUCCUCAUACUCUACAUAUAUUUGGAUGUUUGUGGAAAAUUUCUGCUGAGGUUAUGCGCAAGGUUAAUGUUGAAUAUUAUAUAUCACCAUAUUUUCUGCAAAUAUGUGUGACCCUUUUCUUCUAUAAAGUGUCAACGCGCUAAAAUUGUAUGGUAGCGACCUUGAAUAUCAUCGCACUAUUAUCAUGAUGGAAUUUCAGAAUCAUAUAUAACAGACAACUAUGUUAUGUAAUCAUGGAUCUAAGAAUUUUGCAUGAUUUAGGUAAUCAAGGAUCUAAGAGGCCUUAGGUGUGAAUUUAAGCUUGCUUCGGAUGCUCAUACUAACUGAUUUAUCUUUGAAUUCAUUAUGCGACCAGGCCAUGGUGUGGUUUCUUUCAAGAUGGAUCAGCACGUAUUUAAUGCCAACUAAGACAAGCAAGUCAUACAGCUCCACUCUGAUUGGCAGAACAGUAGAUCAUUCAAAGAAUCUCUUGCUUACUUUUGCUGGUGAAGACAAUGAAGGAAGAUCUCUGCUUGAUAUUUUUGUUCGCAUUUCAUUGGUUGUAUUUACAUCGUACCCUGGAGAGAUUGAAUUACUGGUAUGAUUUAUCUUUAGUUGGUAUUUAUAGACUCGAUUUCAGUGAGGUCUGUUGAAACUUAGACAAAAGAUAUGCCUUCCCUUAAAUAAUUAAUCUUUCGCUAGUUGCGGUUGAUAUUUUCGAAUUAUAUCUCCAUUUCUGUACCCUUUCUCUUCGAUCUAGAAAAUUAAGUGCAGAUGUCGUUGACUACAUAACCGGAAAAUACUAUUUCUUCGCAAAAAAUGAUUUUCAGUAAGUGGCUAUGAGGCUUUUCAAAUUUUCUUGUCUGACAGGAAUUUUUUUUAGCGUCUGUCAUUCCUUUUCUACAUUGGAAUGUACUUUUUUUUAUGAAAAUGUGGAUUGUUAUGAAAGAGUAAUUCACGAGAUUUGUUAAUGCAGUCACUCACAUGUCAGCACAUGUUACCGGCACUUGUUCGACGGAAGAAUGUAUGCAUUCAUCUUGUGACGUUGGUGAGAACAUAUACAUAUUGUUAAUAGAUCAUUGAUUUUGUAGCAUCUCUCUGUUUGUGUCAUCUUAGUAAUUGUCCAGCUAGUACAGAGUGAUAAAAAAAAUUCUGCUAUAUAAACAUCAUAUUUUCUAUUCAUGGGAUGCUUUUACCAGUUCUUUAACAAACUGAGGCUACUUAUUUUCUUCAUCGUAGUCUAAACACUGGGCUGCAGUCAAUUGAAAUUUCUUCAUAAGAACUGAGAAAAGAAAUUAGCUAUAGAGUUUCUCCAUGCUCAAAAAGGAGCCAAUGAUAAUAUAGAGAACUUAGUCAGCAAUCAAAGUACUGUCAUCUGUUUUAUAACAAUCCUGUAACCUACAUUGUCCUCAUAAGACAUUGAUCUCAGCCAUGCAUACAUAUGCACAGAUACACACAUAGAUACAUGUUUAUGUGUGUGAGUGUGUGUGUAUGUAUUGUUCAGUUUCUUGUUCUUUUCAUUAUCUGCAUGAUGUUUGUCGAAUUUUUCAUUCGUUAUUUUCUUUUAAUGAUUCUGUAUAUCUUUCUCUUCAGGAUUCCUGGCGCAGCUUAUCCAAUGCCUUUGUAAAUGAACGCAUUCUAUUCUCGCUACCCUCUCGUCUGCAAGUACAUCUCUUCUUAAUGAUCACUUUUGAACAUUCUGUAGCUGAGCAACUAAAGAAUAAUGUUGAAAGCUUUUUCUAACGAUUUUGAUUAUUUGUCUGCAGCGUUCUCUUGCAGAAUCGCUUGUUGGUUCAGUUUCUGCCUUGAAAGAAACAGAAGCAUCCAAUCAGUGGGUCAUCUUGUUGCAGAUUGCUGUUUUUUGUCGCUUUUUUUCUAGAUUCGCACCUUGUCUUUGGUAUGUCGGGUUUGAUUGGGAUUUUGAGACGGCCUUAUUAAGAAACCUCGUCCUCAAGCCUGGCGGUCAAGGGAGAUAAAAGAGGCCUGAAUGGGAAACCUGAGCUUUUAGGCUGAUAGUUCUAUAUCUGCCCUUGAUGUACAUGAUUCUAGCUUUGUGCCAGAGGUUUGACUAGCCAUUUGGGUCCUCAUGCUCAGCACGACUCCUUGGAAAAACGUGCAUUCUUGUCUAUAAUUUAAACAUUGCGAAAUUUGGUCAUCGUGUCUGCUUAUGAAAAUUGUCAUCUGUAUGAGGGAUCCUACUCAAAUAAAUCGACUGUAUUUAUUAUAUUCCGCAGGUAUGUGAGAGAUCUAAUGGGACCGAUAGCAACUUACCUAGUUGAUAUGUGUACUAAGGACAGCGUAAAAACUUUUGCACAGCAGCCCGACAUACUGUUCAUGGUAAGAGGUGUCAAUAUUUGAACUUUUUUGGUUGUAGAUCUUAUUUUAAAUAUUAGUAUGCUAUAGCACCGCUGUGGGACACUUCUGCAGGUUUGCUGUUUUCUGGAAAGGUUGAGGGGAGCCGCUAGAGCCACUGAAUCUCGCACUCAGAAGGCAAUAUUUGACGUUGCAGUAUCUGCUAUGGAUCCUAUACUGACCCUUCUUGAAGUUUACAAAGAUCAGGUACUCUGACAGAUAUACCCUUCUCUUCUGCAGACUCGUUAUCGCAUGUGCUAUCAUUUUGGUCCGGUGGGCUUAUACUAAUUGAAGCUUGGAACUUAGUCUGCAGUGGUGUACAUCAUUCUAAAAUUUAUUGUGGACUUUGUGGAUGCACAAGUUGUGUUUCUAACCCCCAAAGACAUGGCGACUUUAGUUAACUUUUGCAUGAAGUUGCUCCAAAUCUAUUCCUCUCACAAUAUCGGCAAGGUAAUGUUCCAUGAAAAUAAUUUUUCUUUAUUUAUCAUAUUAUGUAAAGAACAUUACUGGCAUUCCAUAAUCCACUUUAUUUAUUCAUUCUCAACAUGAAAGAUCUUAAAAACAAAAAGUAGCAUUGCUGAAUUGAGAUUACCAUGCAGAUCUCGCUAUCUAUGUCUACCAGCCUAUUAAAUGAGGCAAAAGCAGAGAAGUACAAGGAUCUUCGUGCAUUACUACAGCUUCUUACACAUCUAUGCACAAAGGAUAUGGUAUUUGCUUUUUUCUUCAUAACUGUGAGGCACAAACUUUAGAUCACAUUUGGAUAAUCUUGGAAUAAAUGUUUCAGGUUGACUUUUCUGUUGCUUCUGAAGAAGAGUGUGUAAACAUUGCUGAGGUUGUGUUCUUGGGUCUGCACAUCGUCACUCCUCUAGUUUCAAUGGACUUGCUGAAAUAUCCAAAACUGUGUAAAAAUGUAUAAAACCCCGUUAUCAUUCUCGUGGAUGAUUAAUAGAGCUGUCAUUGAUAUGGUUUUGGUAGAUUUAACUGUGUUGUUGUAUAAUCUACAGUAUUUUGAGCUGUUGUCACAUUUGCUGGAGGUAUACCCUGAGAAGGUUGCUCAGUUGAACGCAGACGCAUUCAAAUACAUAGUGCUGACUAUUGAUUUUGGAAUUCAUCAACAGGUAUGAUCUUUACGGUGAUAAGACAUCCAGAUAUUCGUGUUAUAUCCCUCCACUUUUGGGAGGCAUAGUCGCGCUGGGCAUAUGGGUGCACAUUUUAUGAUGACGUGCUCUAUGAUGACUUGGAACACGAUUUGGCCAUGAUUGUCCGCUUAAAGAGAAUUGUGACGAUGGAUCCCUCGAUAGACUACUACUACAGUGCUGCAUACAUGUUGAGAGUCCCCGGUGCCUAACAGCCUUUGUUGAUGUGGCUCUUCACAGUUUAGUAUGAUAGUUUUUCUUUUCUCCCUUAUGUUUGUGUGAAAAAUCACGAUCGCUCUCAUCAGUUGAUGGCUGGUCUCAAAAUUUUGUCAUCCUCAUGGCCGCUUCAUUCCAGCAGAAUGUGGGCUUUUCAGGUCGAUGCUUUGUACUUCAAUCCUUUCAGGGAUAAAGGACUCCUUUAUUUUGAUCUCAUGUUGCAGGAUUCGGAUGUCGUUGAUAUGUGCCUGAGAGCAGUGGCUGCACUUUCUUCGCACCAUUAUAGAGAAAGGAGCAGAGGCCAAGAAGGGCUGGGCGCCUAUGCUGUCAGUUCCUAUGGUCCAGAGGGGACAUUGCAAGAAGGCUUUUUGAGUCAUUUUCUCCGGUUGCUUUUACACUUAAUUCUAUUUGAAGAUUUCAGGUGAGGAACAAUUCUCUUCGUGUCGACAUAGUUUGAGGAGUUCUUGCUCGAAACUCUGACAAGAGUAUAAAUUUUCCUCGACUUCCUGUCCUCGUGCACCUGCCUGGCAUCUUGUCCGAUGAUUUCUAUUUUCCCCGGGAUUUUGCUUCGAAAUGAUGAAACUGAGUCGUUGGAUUUUGGGAGUACGUCAGCUGUUACGCUGCAACAUUUCUGACGUCGUUUUAUCUACAGCAUGGAACUUGCUGGUUCUGCUGCAGAUGCCCUUCUCCCGUUAGUUCUAUGCGAGCAAGAUCUUUACCAGGUAUACCCCUUGGACUUUGAUUUAAACUUGUUCUCAUUACUUGCCUGCGCUAUUCUCUGUCUGUGAGACGGGAAGCCGACGCGAGUUUUGGUCUGUCUAGUUUCCAACAACUGAGUGGCAUCUCUUGUGUUUCAUCUCUUUGGGGCGGGGGGACCUUUGACACGGGUCUCCUACCUACGUGUACCUGCAGAGGCUGGUUCAGGAACUCAUUGAGAGACUGCCAAACCCUUCGCUAAAACCAAGACUAGCCUUCGCCUUGCAGUCUCUCACCAGCUCCAAUCAGCUUUCCGCCUCGCUCGACAGAGUGAACAGGCAGAGAUUCCGGAAGAAUCUCUCCAAACUGUUGGUCGAUGUGUCCGGAUUUCUGAGGGUCAAGUGA